AUGGCAACCAUGGUUUCAAGAAAUGUUCUUCUCUUUUCAGUUGUAUUUAAAUUCCUUGCGAUGAUUAUUGGAGUUCUGGGAAAUAUUACAGUCAUAAUUUAUACUAUUUUCCCGGGCAAAGAAAUGACAGCGACAUCUUACUUGAUAGGAAACUUGGCACUGGCAGAUCUUCUCGUGUGUUUAACAUUUUAUCCAAUAUGGAUCAUUGAGUUUAUACAAACUAUAUUAAACAUUGAUAGUGAUCAGGAUCUGUUUUGUAAGUUAAGUCGUUCUACCAUCUGGGCAUUGCUGUUCGCUUCAGUGGCUACACUCCUCGCCAUUACUGUUGAUCGGUAUUUAUAUGUUGUAAAACCUCUCAAGUAUCCACUGAUUGUGACCAAACGACGAGUUUUUCUAGCUAUUUCUGGAAUUUGGUUAACAUCCUGUUGUCUUUGCACUGUUUUACUAAUUGAUGUUAAGCCUAGGAAUCUAAGAAGUUUUUGCAUCGCAG